AUGGAGUCGCAAAUGAUCCGGCACAUGAUCGAGGAUGACUAUACUGACAACGGCUUGUUGCUCCGCAAUGUCAACUCAAAGAUCCUCUCCAAGGUCAUUGAGUACUACAACAAACACGUCCAAGCAAAGGCCACCAACACAUCUGAUUUUGGAGGAGGAGCUAGGGCGUCAGAUGCUACAUCGGCUGUGCCUGCGGCGCUCGCGGAGGACCUCAAAAACUGGGACGCCAAUUUCAUCAAGGUCGAUAAGGACACCAUAUUCGACCUCAUGCUGGCUGCAAACCACCUCAACAUCAAGGGGCUCCUAGACCUGACUUGCCAGACCGUCGCUGACAUGAUGACGGGAAAGACGCCAGAGGAGAUCCGCAAGAUCUUCAACAUCAAUGAGAAAUUAAAACCUGAGGAGGAGGAGGAGAUCCGCAGGGAGAACUAGUGGGCCUUUGAGUAGAGGAACAUCUAGGCCGCGCUGAAGUAAUGAACGCUUAGUAUUACCAAUGUCUACAUUUUAGUGUGCUUGUUUAUGUCAUAAUGGGUUGUAAGGAACCAAGAAUCUAUAAGGUGGUGUUGGUGAACUUAUUCAGUGGUU